AUGAAGACAUCUCUUUCCACUAUUUUCCUCGGCGCGGCCUGGGCGCCCUUGACUGCAGCUCUGGCAGAGGGUCUCGAGCUCGCCUACUCUGUGGAACUCGCCACGCAGGGGAUUUUCAUCUCGGCCGAUGGUCGCAAAUUUCUAUCUCAGCGAUAUUCGACCACACUUCCGCCGAUCACUGUGGAGCUGCUUGCAGACAACACGACUGUCCUUUACCCCGAUGCUGAAUGGAACAGCUACAACUCCAGCGACCCGGAAUCCGAUCCUGCCACUCACUUCGUGAGCAUUGACGGUGCGCGCAUCGGGCCUGACGGGCGUUACUGGCUGGUCGAUGGUGGCUCCUCGGGUGUCAACAAGUCAACCAAGCUGGUCGGCGUGAACCUUACAACCGACGAGGUCGACAAGAUUUACUACCUCGAGGACAUCCGGGGUUCAAACGGCGGCAUCGACGAUGUUCGAUUCGGGCCCAGCGGAGAUGUCGCGUACCUGAGCGACACCGCAGGAGCCAUGCUCGUGCUGAACCUGACGAGCGGCGACGGCGUUAAGGUGUUGGACGGCGAUGAUUCUGCCAUGGCUUGGUUCCCUAUGAUGUACAACGGCACUCUUGUACCAGGCUAUGGUGGAUCUGGCAGCACCUUGUCCGUUGGCUUGGAUCAGAUUGAGGUUUCUCCUGACGGAGUCUGGCUGUACUAUCAACCGUGCAACGGUGGUCUCUACCGUAUCGAGACAGCCUACGUCGAUGCAUCAUUGACCAAUGCAACCUUGGCUGCUUCUCUCGGGGACUACGCCACGCCUUUUGCUCUGACGCCCAGCACCGGCGGUAGCACAAUCGACGGAGACGGGAACAUCUACGUCUCGGAUACGAACUUGCUUGCCAUCUGGAAAGUUACGCCGGAGGGCCGCACGACGAUUCUCGUUCAGGAUGACGCUUUGAUCUGGACUGAUUUAAUGUGGGUGACCUCCGACAAGAAAUUAUGGCUCCCAGCGUCCCAAAUGCGCCCUGGUGCCGACGGGUUAAUGGCUGAUGGCCCGAACAACAUCUUCACUUAUCCCAUUGACGCUGGGCCUUCUCCCAUCGACCACGCUUAA